GAUCAGUGAUGAAGUCCUGUAAUCCUGCUCUCUGUGUUCUGCUCUUACUGACCAUCAAUACUGUCCAACCGGCUGACCAAACCAAAUUCCAUGAGAUUCUCCAGAAAGUUCUGGAGAACCUAAACCUUGAAGAUCUUGUAAAAUUCCAGACACACUUGAUGCAGGGGGUGGUGGACAAGUUUGCUGCAAUACCAAAGUCCACAUUGCAGAAUGCCCUUGUUCAGGCGACUGUCCGUGAGAUGGUGCAGGCCUAUGGAGGAAAGAAUGCAGUGGAGGUUGGUGAGACAACCCUGACAACCAUAAACCACAGACAACUGGCUAAAAGCCUGACUGAAAUAAAAGAAUCUUUCUAUCCAGUGGUUCCAUAUGAGCAGGUUCUGUAUGAUGGACUCAAUAUUCAGACAGUCAUCACCAUCCAAGGAAAAGUCAAACAAAAUGCUGAACAAUUUUAUGUCAACCUCUAUAAAAACAAUGACAUAGCCUUUUAUUUUAACCCCCAAUUUAAGGAGGAUGGGAAGGAGGUGAUUGUUAGGAACAGCAUGGUUAGAAACAAUUGGGGAACUGAGGAAAGAGAACUACCUUUCUUUCCAUUUACACCUGGAGAAUAUUUUGAGCUGAGGAUUCUCUGCACUGAUUCUGAAUACAGAGUGGAAGUUGACAAGAAGCACCUGUUGAAUUUCGCUCAUCGCAUCAAAGAAAUACAUCAGAUUAGAAAACUCACUGUCAAAGGAGAUGUCCUCGUCAAGCAUGUGACCAUCGAUCCAAUUCCUCUCUGGAUGACUGCACCAUCUACAUAUAUUCUGAAUGAUGUGAUCUCUGAGAACAUGACCAUCACCAUCCCUCUGCACGUCAAACCCAACGCUGAAAAGUUCACGAUCGACGUGAUAAAGGACGGGGACAUACUGUUCCAUUUUAAACCGUAUUUCUCUGCUGAUGGGAAAGGAAGAAAGAUUCUGAGGAACAGUCUGAUUGGUGGAGUUUGGGGCUCUGAGGAAGAUGAAACUCCCUCCUUCCCGUUUGCCUGGGGAAAAUCUUACCUGGUGAAGAUCUUGUGCACCAAAAAUGAGUUUAAAGUGUAUGUUGAUGGGACCCACUUGCUGGAAUACAAAUACAGAGGGUUCGACUUCACCAAAAUCAACGGUGUGAUAUUUAGUCAUAAUCUCAUCACCUGGGGCGUCCAGGUACAACCAUGUACAACCAGGAUGUGUUAAUCUGGACGUUAAUUAUAAACUUAAUCUUGGUUUCUAAACUAAAGCUUAAGAUCAACAUUUGAAGUCUUCACAUUUAAAUCUCUUUUAUCUUCUGAAACCAAUCAUCCUGUGAUUUGACU